GCCUCCUGGGUGGCCUGGGCGGUGUUCGCCCUGCGUGUGACCAUCCACAGCCAUGGCCUGGGCAGGUGCAGCUUUCCGCCGCUUGGGCGCCUUGUCUGGAGCCGGGGCCUUAGGCUUGGCUUCUUACGGAGCCCACGGCGCCAGGUUUCCGGAUGCCUACGGGAAGGAGCUCUUUGACAAGGCCAACAAACACCACUUCUUACACAGCCUGGCCCUGUUGGGGGUGCCCCAUUGCAGAAAGCCCCUCUGGGCCGGGUUACUGCUCGCCACUGGAACCACCUUAUUCUGCACCAGCUUUUACUACCAGGCUCUGAGUGGAGACCCUAGCGUCCAGACUUUGGCCCCUGUGGGAGGAAGCCUUCUACUCUUGGGCUGGCUUGCCUUGGCAUUUUGAGCUUCCUUGUGUUUAAUUUCUGGGUACUUUUUAAAGAGGUGGAGCAGGGAGGGGAUUAAAAGAGAAAGGCAAACAAAGAA